ACUGCUUCUGCUUCCACCACGAAAAUCACGUUACUCAUUUCAAUCUCAAUUCUGCUUCUUCUUCUUUUUCUGCUUCUGCUUGUUGUUCCCUUCCCAGCAAUGGCGGAAUUCGUGGAUCUCGAAUCGCAAGACGGUGUACGCAUGCCCUGGAACGUAAUUCCUGGCACGAAGCAAGAAGCCGUUAACGCGGUGGUUCCCGUGGCGGCGAUCUACACUCCUAUAAAACACUUUCCGGCGAUGCCAGUGCUCCCUUACACUCCGCUCCGGUGCCGCACGUGCCGCUCCGUUUUGAAUCCCUUCUGCAUCGUGGAUUUCGCCGCCAAGAUCUGGAUCUGUCCUUUCUGCUUUCAGCGCAAUCACUUCCCUCCUCACUACGCAUCCAUUUCCGAUGAUAACCUACCGGCGGAGCUCUUCCCGAACUACACGACCGUCGAGUAUGAUUCCCCCGGCGACACCUCCGCCACCGUCCCUCCCGUCUUCCUCUUCGUCGUUGACACCUGCGUCAUAGAGGAGGAAAUCGGAUUCCUGAAAUCCGCUCUCUCCCAGGCUGUGGAGCUCUUGCCGGAAAACUCCCUUGUCGGGCUUAUCACAUUCGGCACAUUCGUCCAUGUUCAUGAAUUAGGGUUUGGUAUAAUCCCGAAGACGUUUGUGUUCAAAGGCUCUAAGGAUGUGUCGAAGGAUCAGCUUCUUGAUCAGAUGAGUUUCUUUGCCAAGAAGCCGAAGCCGACUGUCGGCGUGGUCGCGGGCGCACGGGAUGGCCUCUCGUCCGAGAGCAUUUCGCGGUUCUUGUUGCCAGCAUCAGAGUGCGAGUUCACUCUCAAUUCGGUUUUGGAAGAGUUGCAGAAGGAUCCUUGGGGGGUGCCGGCUGAUCAGAGGGCUACUAGGUGCACCAGCACGGCUCUGAGUAUUGCGGCGAGUUUGUUGGGGGCCUGUGUUCCUGGUUCCGCAGCAAGAAUAAUGGCGUUUAUUGGCGGACCGGCAACCGAAGGACCUGCUCCUAUUGUAACCAAACAACUUUCUGAACCAAUUCGCUCCCACAAGGAUCUGGAUAAAGAUUCUGUGCCACAUUACCAUAAAUGUGUCAAAUUCUAUGAUGGACUUUCGAAGCAGCUUGUACAUCAAGGCCAUGUACUAGAUCUCUUUGCUUGUGCUCUUGAUCAGGUUGGUAUUGCUGAGCUUAAAACUGCUGUUGAAAGGACUGGGGGCCUUGUUGUACUUGCUGAAAGUUUUGGCCAUUCAGUAUUUAAGGAUUCACUUAAGCGUGUUUUCCAAUCAGGCGAUUAUGAUCUGGGUCUAUCAUCAAAUGGAAUAUUUGAGAUAAACUGCUCUAAGGACAUGAAAGUCCAAGGCAUUAUUGGCCCUUGUGCAUCUCUUGAAAAGAAAGGCCCAUUGUGCUCAGAUAAUAUAAUAGGUCAAGGGGGUACAAGUGCAUGGAAGAUGUGUGGCCUUGACACAUCCACAUCAUUGUGUCUGUUUUUCGACGUUGUGAGGAAGGAAAGUCCUGAUGCUACAGUACAGUCCACAAGCAAUCAAUUUUACUUCCAAUUCUUGACUUAUUAUCAGAAUCACAGUGGGAAAAUGAGAUUGCGGGUUACGACCCUUUCACGAAGAUGGGUUGCUGGACCAGGAAGCAUACAGGUAAACUUGAUUGCUGGAUUUGACCAAGAAGCAGCUUCUAUAGUCAUGGCACGCCAUGUCUCUUUCAAAAUGGAAACAGAGGCUGAAUUUGAUCCUAUCCGAUGGUUGGAUAAGGCAUUGAUAAAUUUGUGUUCUCGAUUUGGAGAUUUUCAAAAGGACACUCCAUCUUCUUUCAGUUUGUCUCCCAGGUUGUCAAUAUUCCCGCAAUUUAUGUUUCAUUUACGACGUUCUCAAUUUGUUCAGGUCUUUAACAACAGCCCAGAUGAGACUGCUUACUUUAGAAUGAUACUGAACCGUGAAAAUGUUGCUAAUUCGGUUGUCAUGGUUCAGCCUUCAUUGAUUUCUUAUUCAUUCCAUUCUGGUCCUGAACCAGCUCUUCUUGAUGUGGCAGCCAUUGCGGCUGACAGGAUGCUUCUUUUGGAUUCAUUUUUCACUAUUGUUAUUUUUCAUGGUUCAACCAUUGCUCAAUGGCGAAAGGCUGGAUAUCAUAAUCAACCGGAGCAUCAGGCAUUUGCUCAGUUGCUACAAGCUCCUCACGAUGAUGCAGAUUUAAUAAUGAAGGAGAGGUUUCCUGUACCUCGCCUGGUUGUUUGUGAUCAGCAUGGCUCCCAGGCUCGAUUUCUACUAGCAAAGUUAAAUCCUUCUGCUACUUAUAACACGGAAAGUUCUCUUCCUGGAGGGGAUAUUAUCUUUACAGAUGAUGUUAGCUUCGAGGUCUUCCUGGAUCAUUUACAGAGAUUAGUAGUUCAAUAAAAUUAUAAUGUGACCUGUUACUUCUAUGUAAAAUUUUCCUUGAGUUGCUUCUUGUACAUUAAUUUCCUUUUAGCAUGCGGUCAUAAUUUCCAAUUUAGUGCAAAAUCUUGUAAUUAUUUGAAAUUGUGAACUCUCCAAUCAAUGGCUUGAA